AUGAAAUUCCUUGCAACACUUGGUGCUAUUCUCCCUUGCUUGGCAUUGGUUUCAGCCGACUUUUUGCCUGAUGUUCACAAUGCUGCACCUGGUGCUUCCAAUGUCAAGGAACGUAUCCGCCCACCAGAGGGCAUGUCAGCCUAUGAUGUCUUUUAUGCCAAAGGCCAACGUGUGUAUCAAUGCAAUCCUGAACGCACAGGUUUCCAGCAUUGGUACAGCGUCCAAACACUUGGCUCUCUUUACCCAACCAAGGAUCGUCAACCACCUUUUGAUCUCCAAGGUUCUGAAAUUGGAUCGAUUUCUGUUGCACCCUUGAAUUCAUCCGUGGCUGAUCCCAUGGAUGUGAUCCCUGUCAUCUACUACUACCCUGAUGGAUCAUGGGUUGGUACUUCACGUCCCUUGGCAACCACUACCAGGGAAGAAGGUCGUGCUGAACGAGGUGAUGCUGGCAAUCUCGAUGACCAUUUGGAACCCGCUGCUUUCAACUCUGAAGAUGGCUAUCUCUCUCAUGCAAAGUAUGUGGUGCGUCUUGGUUCUCUUGAUGGUGCCGUUCCAGCACCAGAGGAUUGUGACAUUAAGGGUAAAACUGUUAUCAAGCCCUUCACUGCAUACUAUUUGAUGUACACAAACCAAGAAGGUGAAGAACUCUUACGAACCGAACGUGAAGAAUGGAAUCGUAUGAUCGAGGAGUACAGACCCAAUGAUAAUGGAUUGGGCUUUUAA